UCUGUGGUCGAUCAAUGGUACAACAAUAAUAUUUUUAACGACAAUGCAACAGAUAUGAACCAGCGUCAUGGAUUAUCACACUUUCCAUCUUUAAACAAGAAAGAUAAAGCGACAGAGGGGUGUCUCUCAUGCCUCUGAAAGGCAGUGGUUUGUUUGUAUCUUCGGCAUUAUGAGAAAGCUCCUGGUCUUCUGCAUUCUAGUUUCAGUUUAUGUUGCAAGAACGGCUGUCAUAACUGGGGUGUGUGAAGAAGAUGCUCAGUGCUCUAGAGGCUGGUGCUGUGCUGGAAGCCUGUGGAUUCGUGGUCUCCGGCUCUGCACCCCAUUUGGUCAACAUGGAGAUGAGUGUCACCCAUACUCCCCCAAGAUGCUUUGUCUUAGAAAAUGGCACUACAACACUGUUUGUCCAUGCUUACCAAAACACUCAUGCAUGAAAUGGAAAGAAGGAACAUACCGCUGUACAGAGGACGCUAAAAGAAUGAAGUCAAGUUUCAGAAGAAUGUAAAAUGCGUUUUCUUUACAGUACCCUCCGCAAUAGCAAGAGCAGCCAGAUACUUUACUGUUGCGACAAUUAAGUGACCUAACAGAAUAAAAACUAAAAGGAAAAUUUUGCGUCAGGAAACCUGCAUUGCAGUGGGUUUUACAGCUACUGUGAAGAUGUAGUAAUACUAAAAUAAAAUAAAAAAAUGUAUGUGUGUGUGUAUAAAGACACAUUUAUUUGUACUACAUACUGUCAGUAUGUAGUAUGAGGGUUAUUAAUUCAUUAUGCACAUUGAGAUUGUGAUUUAUUACCUUUUCUUCCAAAAUAUUAGUAACAGCUCUGUUGCCAUUGCGGUAUGUUUUAAUGAUAUGAAUAGUGGGGGAACUACAUAUUGAAACCUGUAUCAAUCUAGCUUACGUUAUUUCAGCAGGGGUGAUUUUAUUUAUUUUCAGUCAUGUAAUACAAAAAUAAAUAAAGUGGGUCUGAUAAUUAAAAAAAGAUCCCCAAGACACAAGUUCAAGACAUAAGACUUUUUUUUAAUGCAAUCUAAUAAAAAUGUAUUCAUUAAAAUUAGUUGUAUGAAGUUGUAAACUUUACAUAUAGCAUAAACACAAUUAGUCAAAUAACACAUGCCUAAAAGCUCAUAAAUAUUUCAGACACUUGUUGCUCAUUAGUAAAACAAAACACGUUACUUUCUGGGCUCUGUGAUCUGAUCCUAUGGGGUUGAUCUGAUCGAUUCAGGGUGAUUCCACAGUGCUGUAAAAUACUCCAAGAAAAUCCAGCUGUGGCUUAUCCCUCCGGAGUAUAGGCUGAUCCAAUCAUUC